CAAAAUCAAACUGCUAAGCUAUGAGAAAUCUGGUCACUUUUUUGCUGUUAGUGCUGGUUUUCAGUCAUGCGCUGACCAUGACAAUGGGGUAUAGAGAUGAAGAUGAGGAUGAAGAUUGGAAGCCGGAAAGAGAAUGGGAGAGAGAGAGGGAGAGAGAGGAGAGGGGUGGUGAAGAAGAAGAAGAUGAAAGAUCAGGUCGUGGAGAGGAAAGGUUCUUGUUGCAAGACGCAAAGCGUGUAGUGAAGACUGAGGCUGGUGAUGUGCGUGUCAUAACUAGUGUUGGAGGAAGAAUUGUGGACAGGCCGAUGCAUAUUGGGUUCGUUUCUAUGGAGCCCAAGAGUCUCUUCAUUCCUCAGUAUAUUGACUCAAAUUUGAUCCUCUUCGUUCGCAGAGGGGAAGCCAGAGUUGGAUGCAUCUACAAAGAUGACCUGGUGGAAAAGACAUUGAAGGUUGGUGACGUGUUCCGUAUUCCGGCCGGUUCAGCAUUCUAUUUGGUGAACACGGGGGAAGGACAGAAGCUUCAUAUCAUUUGCAGCAUUGACCCAUCUGAGAGUUUGGGAUUGAGAGCUUUCCAGUCUUUCUUCAUCGGUGGAGGAUCAUAUCCCACGUCUAUUCUAGCUGGAUUCGGCCACGAAACACUUUCAAAUGCUUUUAAUGUCAGCAGCGACGAAGUGGAGGAUAUCUUAAACAGGCAACAAGAUGGUCCAAUUGUGUACAUAUCUGAUUCUCAUGCGCCAAGCAUGUGGUCAAAAUUCUUGCAACUGAAAGAGCAAGAGAGACUACAACACCUAAAGAGAAUGGUGGAGUUCCAACAAGAGCCACAAGAACAAGAACAAAAAACUUGGUCGUGGAGGAAACUCUUGAACUCGGUAUUCGGAGCCGAAGAUAGGAAGGAUACCAGAGCAACCCGUAGAUCCCCAGACGCAUACAACAUCUACAAAAGACGCCCUGACUUCAAGAACAACUAUGGAUGGAGUGUUGCUCUUGAUGGGUCUGAUUAUAAACCUCUUAAACAUUCCGGCAUUGGUGUUUAUCUGGUUAAUCUUACAGCGGGAUCGAUGAUGGCACCACAUGUGAAUCCAACUGCUACUGAAUAUGGGGUUGUACUAAGAGGAUCAGGAAGAAUUCAAAUAGUGUAUCCAAACGGAAGCUCAGCUUUGGACGCAAAAGUGAAAGAAGGCGAUGUGUUUUGGGUGCCGAGGUACUUUGCAUUCUGCCAAAUCGCAUCAAGAACAGGGCCGUUUGAGUUUUUUGGAUUCACAACCUCAGCACGGAAGAACAGGCCACAGUUCCUGGUAGGUGCGAGCUCACUUCUUCGGACUCUGCCUAACCCUGAGCUCGCGGCUUCUUUCGGAGUGAGCGAGGACCGGAUUAGAAACUUCACCGAUGCACAAAGUGAAGCUGUUAUAUUGCCUACUGCAGCAGCGGCACCACCAGAUAAGACGGACAAGUAUGAAAAGAAGAUAGCGGCCAAGUUUGGGAAGUUGCCGAAUAUGGUCAGGAACUUCGGUAAUGACAUGAUCAUGGGGUUUGAUUAAGGAAGCUC